AUGAAGCUCAGCCUGACACUUGCAGGCCUGGUUGGCCUUGCCGUUGCUUCUCCUUUCACGGAGCAUGAUACGUCCAAUGGUCUACUGCCCCGAGGCGGGAAGUGCAACUGGCAUGACAAGCACUGCUGCGCCUACCCAGACAGGUACAAGACAGCUCCAUACGAACCCGAACACAAGAAUUACUACGGUUAUGGUCGUACAAUCUACGUCAAGCCAAACAGCAAGUUCAAGAUCCAAGAUGCCAUCAAGAAGGCUUCUCCUGGUGAUCGCAUCGUGGUCGCGGCCGGCACGUACAACGAGCAGCUGGUCAUCAACAAGGAUGGCAUUCACCUCGAGGGCCAUGGUGCCAUUCUUGCGCCUACGACAUACAAGAAGAACGCCUGUACAGGUCUGGUUCAAGACCCCCAGAAGAAAGACCUGGAUGCGGGUAUUUGUAUCACGGGACACAAAGUCAAGACCACUGAGUUUAUUACCGAGCACAAGAAGGUCAUUUCCGUCGAGAGAUUCGUGAAGGGGGUGUCUGUCAGUGGAUUCACUUUCCAGGGCUCUACUGGUAUCAACAUCGCCAUCCAGGGCGCGAAGAACACUCGUAUCAGUGGGAAUACUCUUAUCGAUGCUGGAGCCUACGGAGCUCUUACCAUCGGCUCUGUCAAUACCGUCUUCUAUGACAACAAAGUCACGACAACCAAGGGAGGCUUCAUUGGUAUUUGUCAGGACAACAAAUCCGAUGUGUUUACUAUCAAGAAUGAUGUCUCUGCUCACAUCAUCGGCAUCUGUGUCCAGACCAAUAGUGCGGUGGUAGAGCGAAACACACUCUACAGCAACUGCAUCGGCAUCUUUGUCGACCCUGGUGUGAAGGGUGCCAAGAUUUCUCACAACACCAUUGGACCCUCGCCAUCUGCAUGCGGAAACACUGGAGCUGGCAUCAUUAUCGGCAGCGGAAUCGGAACUCUGGUCAGCGAUAACACUAUCACGGGACAGCGUGCGGCUGAUAAGUCAGGAGCGGGCAUUCGAAUCUACGAUGACAAGUGUGUUGCUACCCCCGAGAUGCCCAUCUCGCUGGCUUGCAUUACUCUUGGACGUGCAGUAAAGGCUAGAGACAACAUUGUCAUCCGGAACAAGCUGAGUGAUAACGACAACGACAUUAGCAAUUUGAGCGAAGGCACUGGAAAUGUCAUCAAGUGCAAUACUUGCACGAAUGAAGCGAACAUCAAGGCUGGACAAUGCAAGAAGCCCUAG